CGGAACCCGACGACAACAUGGUGGCAACACCGAACCCUUGCCGUCGUCCGUCGUACAAUACUGUGGCUCUAGCUAGACCAAGGCGAUCAAGACGUGCAUCCUUUGACAAAGGCCGAACCCCUCUCCAUCGUCUCAUUUUUAUUCGAAACGAUGAAGUUUAACAUUCUUGGAGUUUUCUUGUUGUCCACUGCUGUGAGCUUUGUUUGGAGCCAAGAGGCAGUCCAGUUGCCUGAGACAGAAGGACCAUAUGUCACUGGUGUAAAUGACUUUGAGUUUACUCGACCUGUGGAUCCACAGGAAGGGGAUUUGACGGACUCUGGCACGGACUCCCAGACGAGGAGACUCAUGGCACGUGUUUGGUAUCCAAUCUGCCGCAAGGAUCCAAUGAACGAGGAAGGCUGUAGUGACGCUGGCAGUGCUUUGGGUCGUCGUCGCCUCUACUUUGAGGUGGGAGAGGCAGAAGCCACGGUACCGGCGGGUCUGAAUGCAUUUUCCUACUUCCAGAACCUUUCGGCCGCGGAAACUCAGAGCUAUCUCGAUGCAGCACCUCUCUUAGUCGAGCAAGGUCCUUUUCCGGUACUCAUUUAUAGUACUGGCGCCACCGGCUGGGUUUCCUCCAACACGGUCUUGUUGCAAGAAUUGGCCAGUCAUGGAAUGAUUGCGGUCAGUUUGGCUCAUACAGGAGGUCUCACGGGCGUUCAAUUCCCCAAUGGAGAUGUCAUUCCCAUCGACGAUGACUAUGUGGAGGCCUUGCAAGAAAACAAUGGUUUGCGAAGUACGGAUACGGCGCCUAUGAACAGCUCCGAUCUCGGCGUUCGAUUCGAGGGAGAAAAGCAGUUUCUUCAAGACGGUCGUGGCCUGGCGAAGUAUAACCUCCAAUGGGUGAACGAUGAGAUUGCUCUUGCAAACUACAUGGAAGAGACUGCAAGGACUAAUUCCAGCAGUCUUUUUGGACAGUUGUUGGGAUCCAACAACAACAGCAUUUCUUCUUUGGUAUACAUUGGUGGGUCGUUUGGUGGUGGGGCUGCCGCAGUGGCAGCCCACAAGGAUCCUCGAGCCAAUUGUGCCAUCAACAUGGAUGGUGUGGGACAAUCUCUGGAUGUGUUCGAUGCUUCCCUGCGUGUGCCACUCCUACUGUUCGUCACUUCAACGACGCUCAAGGGAAACUAUUUCGAAAACGAGUUCUUCUAUGAACCCGUCCAAUCCAUGGGUUCUGACCCCAAGAUUUUCCGAAUCAAAAUCUCGGAAAUGACACACACGGAUUUCUAUGACGUUAUCUAUGGCCCAGAAGAUGUAAGGCAAGCUUUUGGCGGAGGAACUUUGGACGGUAUGCUCAUCCAUGACAUGUUGCAGAGUUAUUUCCUUGGGUUUAUCACCACGACAUGCUUGGGCGAUGGCAACUGGACGUUGGAGACAACCUUUCAGCAGUUUCCGAAUACGGCAGAGGUCGUGGAUGUGUCCUAUGUUUCCGAAUGGUGGGCUGCCUCGGAGUCUCCACCCCCUGCCGCGGGACCUACCUCAAUGUCAUUGGAAGACAGCUCGGCAACUACACCUACCGGUAUCAUUAGUAGUUUGCUCACAGCAACAAGCCUCUUGGCAGCGUUGCUUACAUGGGAAUGACUGAGUUUCAUGCAUCUAUGAUUGCACAUUUUGCAGUACUAGGCAGGCCUUGGGAUGAACCAAGAUCUUUGAACGACAAACACACACACUGGCAUCUUUGCCUGGAGUGGCCCUAGUUGUGGAUAUCACCUAGCUAACAACUAGUACUGUAUGCAUUUCACGCUGUUUUCCCACGCCCCUUCUUCCAGUGCAAGCUCUAGCUGGCUAGACAGAUUGCCUUUCGAUGGCUAACUGGUAUGGCCAUGCAAAAGUAAGUAGGAGUGUGCUGGAAUCUGCUACCGGUACAUCUGCAAGGUCCUGAAAUGGGACUAGUUUCACGCUUUUGGGUUAGUUUCACGCUUUUUGUUAGUUUCACCGAAAAUGGACCACCGUUUCCUUGAAACUAACCCAAAAGCGUGAAACUAACCCAAAAGCGUGAAACUAACCCAAAAAGCGUGAAACUAAC